GAUGUAUAUCAUCUGCUCUAUUCUAUCAGUUUUUAUAGCGAAGCAUCGUCGGAGAAACAAGAUCGCAGGUAUCUUCCAAUCAUGCAGUUUACUAGGACUGCACUUGAUUCGUUCACUUCCCGAGGACAUUGUCCUAGUGCAUCGUCAAUCAUCCUCUUUUGCUUCUGCAGUUUCACCACUCUACAGUUGACUCUAUUCUUUCUGCAAUGUUAUGGAGAAAUCCGCCCUGCAAUUGUCUCCUACCUUCUGGGACUCAAAAACUGCUUGCUAUGCGAU